CAUAUUCAUGAGCCACAUCUUCGCCGUACUAGAGUGCGUAAUUUCGCUUUGCGAAGAUGGCGGCGUGUGGACGUGUGCAGCUAUUCCUGCUGUUGAUAUUCAUCUCCGGCUGGAUCUGUUCUGUUCGUGGACUCAAACCAAUGAUCUCAGACAAUGAAAACGCGCCGGAUAAUGCCGACAGAGCCAAAAAUCCAGCCGGAGAGGGGAAAGUGGCGGCGGUGGAUGGGGCCCCCGUGGCCCGGCGCAGCGGCGGCUGGAAGCUUGCAGAGGAGGCGGCCUGUCGUGAGGACGUGAGCAGGAUCUGCCCCAAACACUCCUGGAACAACAACCUGGCUGUGCUUGAGUGUCUGCAGGACCGAAAAGACGAGUCGGAGAUCGCUGCAGAUUGCAAUCAUCUGCUGUGGAACUACAAGCUGAAUUUGACAACAGAUCCAAAGUUUGAGUCAGUUGCUAUUGAAGUGUGCAAGAGUACCAUCAGUGGGAUUAAGGAGUGUGCUGCAGAGGAGCGUGGGAAGGGUUACCUGGUGUCGUGUUUGGUAGAUCACCGAAGUAACAUCUCAGAGUACCAGUGUAACCAGUACAUCACAAAAAUGACCAGUAUCAUCUUCAGCGAUUACCGCCUUAUCUGCGGAUUUAUGGACAAGUGCAAGGACGAUAUCAACAAACUACACUGUGGAAGCGUCAACACGGGCGAGAAGGAUAUCCACUCUCAGGGCGAAGUGAUUGCAUGUUUGGAGAAAGGGCUUGUGACUGAAGCCGAGGAGCAGCCGGGUCAAUACGCCAUUAAAGAGGACUGUAAGAAGGCCAUUAUGCGCGUUGCUGAACUUUCCUCUGACGAUUUCCACUUGGAUCGCCACCUGUAUUUUGUCUGCCGGGAGGACCGGGAACGCUUCUGUGAAAAUACUCCAGCAGGAGAAGGCAAAGUCUACAAAUGUCUCUUCAACCACAAGUUUGAGGAGAGCAUGUCUGACAAAUGUAAGGAUGCUCUUUCCACUCGUCAGAAGCUCAUAGCUCAGGACUACAAGGUCAGCUACUCGUUAGCUAAAGCCUGUAAACCAGACCUGCGCAAAUACCGCUGUAACAUGGAUACGGCGAUGCCGCGAGCCCGAGAGGCCAAACUGUCAUACCUGCUGCUGUGUCUCGAGUCAGCCGUACACCGAGGUCAAACGGUGAGUGGCGAGUGUCAGGGAGAGAUGUUGGACUAUAGGCGGAUGCUGAUGGAAGAUUAUUCUCUCAGUCCAGAGAUUGUGCUUCAUUGUAGAGGGGAGAUUGAGGCGCACUGCUCCGGUCUGCACCACAAGGGUCGAACCCUCCACUGCCUCAUGAGGGUGUCCCGGGACAAAGGCAUAUUAGAGGACCACUGCCAGAAAGCUCUCCAGACACUGAUACAGGAAACAGACCCCGGGGCAGACUAUCGCAUCGACCGCGCUCUCAACGAGGCCUGCGAGUCUGUCAUCCAGACCGCAUGCAAACACAUCCGCAACGGAGACCCCAUGAUUCUGUCUUGUCUUAUGGAGCACCUUUACACUGAUAAGAUGGUUGAAGACUGUGAACACAGACUUUUAGAGUUGCAGUACUUCAUCUCUAGAGACUGGAAACUGGACCCCAUCCUGUAUAAAAAGUGUCAGAAUGAUGCCGCUCGUAUCUGUCACACUCACGGCUGGAAUGAGACAAGUGAAUUCAUGCCUCCUGGUGCAGUUUUCUCCUGUCUGUACCGCCACGCUUACCGCACUGAGAUGCAAGGACGAAGGAGUUCGUUGGAAAGUUCGGAAGACAGUUUGGAAUUAUCUCGGGACUGCAAAGCAGAAGUUCAGAGGAUUCUUCACCAGAGGGCGCUGGAUGUCAAACUGGAUCCAGAAUUGCAGCAGCGUUGCAUGACAGACCUCGGAAAGUGGUGCAGUGAGAAGACUGAAUCUGGACAGGAAUUGGAGUGCUUGCAGGAUCAUUUGGAGGAUCUGGUUUCUAACUGCAGGGAUGUGGUGGGAAAUCUCACAGAAUUGGAGUCCGAGGACAUUCAGAUCGAGGCGCUGUUGAUUCGAGCCUGUGAGCCCGUCAUCCAGCCCUACUGUCACGAGGUGGCUGAUAAUCAGAUAGACACAGGGGAUCUGAUGGAGUGUCUCGUUGCCAAUAAGCACCAGAAGGAAAUGAAUGAGAAAUGUGCUGUCGGAGUUACACACUUCCAGCUGAUCCAGAUGAAGGACUUCCGCUUCUCGUACAAGUUCAAGAUGGCAUGCAAAGAGGACGUGCUGAAACUGUGCCCAAACAUCAAGAAGAAGGUGGAUGUGGUGAUCUGUCUGAGCACUACAGUGAGGAACGACACACUACAGGAAGUGAAAGAUCAGCGAGUCUCCAUGAAGUGCCGAAAACAGCUCAGAGUUGAGGAACUGGAGAUGUCUGAAGACAUUCGUCUAGAGCCGGAUCUGUAUGAGAGCUGUCGACAGGACAUCAAACAGCACUGUCAGAAUGUGGUGUUUGGAAACGCUCAGGUGAUCGAGUGUUUGAAAGAGAAUAAGAAGCAGUUGACUCAGCACUGUCAACAGAAGCUUUUCAGACUGCAGGAGACUGAGAUGAUGGAUCCAGAGCUGGACUUCCAGCUCAUGAGAGUCUGCAAGCAGAUGAUCAGGCGUUUCUGCACUGAGACGGAUGCAAAGAACAUGUUGCAGUGCCUCAAACAAAACAAGAACAGUGAGUUGAUGGACCCGAAAUGCAAACAAAUGAUCACCAAGAGACAGAUCACCCAGAACACAGAUUAUCGCCUAAAUCCGGUGCUGAGGAAGGCUUGCAAGGCCGACAUCCCCAAGUUCUGCCAGAACAUUCUGAACAAAGCCAAAGAUGACAAUGAGCUGGAGGGACAGGUCAUCUCUUGUCUCAAACUCAAAUACGCAGACCAGCGUCUUUCUCCGGACUGUGAGGAUCAGAUCCGCGUGAUUUUACAGGAAUCUGCGCUAGACUACAGACUUGACCCGCAGUUGCAAUUACAGUGCAGUGAAGAGAUCCCGCGGCUCUGUGCGGAGGAAGUUGCGGCGCAGGAGCAAACGGGUCAGGUGGAGGAGUGUUUGAAAGUCAACCUGCUGAAGAUAAGCCAUGAGGGAUGCAAAAAGGAGGUGCUGAACAUUCUGAAGGAGAGUAAGGCAGAUAUCUUUGUGGAUCCAGUCCUACACACAGCUUGCGCUCUGGACAUUAAACACCAGUGUGCCGCAAUCCCACCUGGCCGAGGAAGACAGAUGUCAUGUCUAAUGGAAGCUCUCCAGGAUAAGCGUGUGAGAUUACAGCCUGAGUGUAAGAAGAGAUUACAGGACCGCAUUGACAUGUGGAGUUACGCAGCCAGGGUAGCACCAGCAGAAGGUUUCUCUGACCUGGCCGGGCAGGUUUUUUCGUCUCCUGCCAAGAACUACAUUCUGAGCAUGCUGGCGAUGAGCAUUUUGCUGCUCUUCGUCAUGGGUCUGCUGUGCGGUCGCAUCACCAAGCGCGUGACGCAGGAGUUGAAGAAUAGGUAGACGGGGUGGUGGGGCAGGGCUAGUGCGUUUCUGCUCCCCCUUUGGGGCAAAACGCCCAGCAUGACCCAUCCGCCAUUCUCCGUACUGGGCCGGGGAAGGACACUGGUGUUGGUAAAGCAAACUUGACGGAGGUGGGGGAGCGGGUGUUGAGACCGUGUGUGCAUUUUCGUGGUAUCGCCCAUGGCCACAUUGGGACCCAGUUUUAAUUGCAACACACACUUUAUUUUUUUCCCCUGACUGUGCUUGUCCUUUGUCAUCAUUUGUAAAUCUGCCUGCUGCGGAACCUGCAAGCAACCUUUCUGCUGCACGUAUUUGUGUGUGCUGUAAAACCCAGCACGCCUGCCAACUCCAAUCAAAUCAGCUUUCUUCAAAAUCAAGCUGUAAUGUCGUAAAGAUUUUUUUUUUUUUUUGCUUUCCAGCUAAAUGUUUUUUAUUUUUUAUUUUUUUUUAUUUAUUGUGAAUGUUUUAGCUGAUUUAAAUUGCAGUUGCAUGAGGGGUUGCGUGAUUUUGCUUUUGUGUUCAUUUUGUUUUGUUAUUAUUUGCAAGGAUGUUGAGCAUAGGCAGCAAAUUGUUGCAAUUUUUAAUGUCCAUACUUUAGAAAUAAGACUGAAGAUGUGCAUAGUGACAACGAUUGAGUGAUUGUUUGAAUGCGUGUUUGUGCCUUUUUGCCCGUCUGAGUUAGAGAUUCAGUGUUUUGUGUGUCAAUGGAUAAUCUGUCCGUGAAUCUCCUUACACGUUUGUUUUUAUCAAAAUGACUGGUUUGAUCAUGGGCUACUUUUUUUUUUUUUUCUUUCUUUCUUUCUUUUUUCCAUUGGGAACAUUAAUUCUUUUUCCCUCUCUUGGUAUUUCUUCCAUCUUUUGGUUGGUUGUUUUUGUUGGGGUAGGGUUUCUUGGGUGGAUGCGCUGUGAAGAUAUAAGAUAGAACAUAAAUUCCACUGCUGUAAGUGUUGAAGGAGAACUGCUCUUAACUGAGCCGAUUGCACCGGAUUUACAAACUUCCGAUUGUCCUGUCUCAGUCGCAAUGUUAACAUAAAUUUAGCGGUGGCAGUUGAUUCUGGAUUGAUUGGCUGGACUACAUAUCCCUGCUGACUGCAUCUCACUGGCCGCAUUAAGACGUCAGGCUGUUUACAUGCUGUUAUUGAUGUAAUAUAUGAUGGCUAUGGUAUGGUCACCUCUCGUCUGAGUUGUCUAGCAGUCAACAGAUCGUGAUUUUAUAGUACCACCUAAACAGACUAUUCUGUUGGCUUAAAAACAUCCCCAACCCUCGAUACAAAAAUUGAAAGCUUUGCUUUGAUAUCUGUCAAUCAAAUGCAAGUUUUCAAUGACUCACCCAUGUCUCAAUUAUCAUUGGUGAUGUUUUUAUUGUUUUUUUUAUGUUCUCAGAAUGCCUUGCUCAUAUAUCAUUGGUUAAUAGAGAAGUGUAUGUCAUUAUGACUUUAUAAGAGUGAUUUUAGGAGAAUUUUUGGUUUCAAACACUCAAGCUUUUAAAAAAUGACCUUGUUUUUACAAUGUGUCCAUCUUUUCAAAUGUGGUUUGUAAGGAUUUUAAACUCAGUUCCGUCCAUAAUUACUACAGUUUCAGAUUUUAUUUUGAGCUUUGCGUUUGGUUUCGGGGUGAAAUCUUUUAUCAAAAUUUUAGAGAACUUGCAUGAUUGCAAUCCAUUAAAAACUGUUGCUACACUGCAAAAAUGAUUUUCUUACAGAGUAUAUUUCUCUUCUUUUCCAGUAAAAAUAUCGAAACAUUCUUAAAACAAGAUGAAUUUACUUGAAGCAAAAUCACAUAAGAUACUUUGUCUUGUUUUCAGAGAAAUCUAACAUUUUGUAAUGUUUAUGCUUAUAAUGAGAAAAAACGAUUUGCCAAUGGGGAAAGAAAAAAAAACAACUUAAUUCUAAGGGGAAACAAGUUUAGUGUUCUUUCCCCGUUGGUGUGUGUGUGUGUGUGUGUGUGUGUGUGUGUGUGUAUAUAUAUAUAUAUAUAUAUAUAUAUAUAAAUUGUUUUUGCAUCAACCCCACCACAACUGAUUAAUUUAUUUGAAAACAAGACAAAAUAUCUUGUCAAUCUGUCAUUUUACUGGAAAAUAUGAUGAAAACACCCAGUAAGAAUGUUUUUUUUUUUUUCUUUUUUUUUUUUUUGCAGUGUAUUGAGUUUAUCUUGUGAACUCAACUCAAGCAAAAUCUCAUAAUACAACCUUUUGUCAAUUAAGUUGCUAGUUUACUGAAUUUGUACCUUGUACAUCUCUGCCUUAUAAAAAUAAUUUGGCUUUUGUAUUGCUAUAUUUGUAUGCAUUUUGUACAAAAUGACAUUAAAGUGGACUUUGUUUAUAGUGUUUGUGCAUUCAAGCUGUAAUUUAAUCAUCUGUUUUCAUGCCGGUUGGGGAGGGGAGUGGAACAGACCGUCCGUAUUGUAAAUAGCUGUAACAUUUUAAUAGAGGAUUGUGAGUAAGAUGAAAAACUAAUUUUCUUUUUUACAGAAAACUUAGUCAGCCAUGGGUUACACACUUAAACAAGGAUCGAAAAGGAUACAUUCCAAGUAACAAAAAAUAAUUAUAAUGUAGAAUACAAAUUUUAUUCUAAUUAUAUAGCACACCCAAAAAGGAAAAUUCCAUGUUUCACAUUAAAAAUUACUUCUGCAUGCAGGAAAUUUUUAAUUUUAGCCCAUGCUAUUGAAUGUAUCCGCAUUGGGAUGAUUUCUGAAAUAAUUUGGAUGCAAAACUCAUUAAACAAUAUUUAAGGUAAUGCACCAAAUGUUCCUUUUGCUUCAUGUGCUUUCAAUUAUUCUUAUUAUAUCUGCUCAUGCUUUGAUUCAUGACACCUGGAUGUGGGUUUCCUGCAAAGAUGUGGAAAAAUUAGUAACAGCCAAAUAUUGUUUUAAUUCAUAGCUACUAAUACAGCUCUUCCCUCCCGUGCAGCAGCGGAAAAAGGUCCUCCGUCUCUAGAUUGUCUAAAUCAUUUCUUUUUUUUCUAUUCCUUGAAGGUGAUCCAUAAAUGCAUGUUGUAUAUAUUGAUACAAACUACUUGUGGUGGUGUUAUUACCAUAUUCAUUUAUAGUGACUGUAAACCACUGUUUAAAUUGGUUUUCUGUUAGAAUUCAAUCUGACAAAACAUGUAACAGAACAUGUCUGGGUCGUAUUUCACCACACAAUCGAAAGAAAAAAAAUGAGACUAUUAUAAUACACUGAGAAUACUAAGAAUUGCACUUUUUUUUUUCUUUUUUUUUUUUUGGCGCAUUAUGGAAGACUUUUGUUGGGGGGUUAGCGGAGAAUGUGCUUAAUUAUCAUAAUAAUAAUGCGAUUAUGCCAAAAAAUUUAAUGGUACAAAACUAUUCUUAAUUUUCAAUAUAUUCACAUGUGUUAUUUUUGGGUGAAAUAUGACCCAGGUACGUUUUUUUGAGAGAAUCCAAUCAAGCUAACAAAUCUAGUCUUUUCUAGCCAUAUUUCUUGUCUAGUUACAUUUUAUAUUUGCAUGAGCGCACAACAGGAAAGUAGUUUGUAUCAAUAGUUAGCAAAGGGUGCCAGUAUGCAGUCUCAAUAUUAUGUCCAUGGCUGGAUGAAAACUGCAACUUUUGGUUGACUAUUCUAUUAUGUUUUCUACACUAUUUUUGAACAAGUUAAAAUAGCACUGGAAAAACGUCAUAUGUAUGUGAUAUCUUCACAUUCAUUCACAACCACUGCUUCCUGUCUGUCAAAUCUGAGAUAUGCCAUAGAAAUGAUUAAUGACAUUGAUGAAUUUUGUAUUUUCUUUCUGUGUACAAAUGUAUUAUGAAAAGUAUUUUUCCUCAAAUCUGAUUAAACGAUGUACUAUACAUAUAUAACAAAUCCAACUGAGCUUUUCUUUUUUCUUGUUUUAUUCUGUACAAGUUGAAUUGAACCGUUGUUAAUAAAAUGAUCUGAUGGUUUGUA